UCGCUGUCAUUGCUGAGUGCUGACUAAAAGAACAAAAACUAUCCUUUUCUUGUGACCAAUAAUUCCCCCGAAAGACCAAAACCCGAAGCCUCUAAAUUUCUCAACUUCCUUACAUCUAUGCUUUAGUAUAAGGUUUCUUUCCAGGAAAGAGUUGUAAAUUCCAACUGGGGUUUUGAUAAAUUUUGAAGCUUUUAGGGUUUGUUGGAGGGUUUUUUUGUUAAUUUUGAAAGAUCGAGAUUGUUUGUUUUGAGAAAUGGGAAGUAGAAAAGAAGAAGAAAGAAACGAGAAGAUCAUAAGGGGUCUUAUGAAAUUACCUCCUAAUCGUCGUUGCAUCAACUGUAACAGCUUGGGUCCUCAGUAUGUUUGCACAAAUUUCUGGACUUUCAUUUGCAUGACCUGCAGUGGGAUUCAUCGUGAGUUUACUCAUCGUGUAAAGUCUGUAUCAAUGUCAAAGUUCACUUCACAGGAAGUUGAAGCUCUUCAGAGUGGUGGUAAUCAGCGUGCAAGAGAUAUUUAUCUUAAGGAUUGGGACCUGCAGAGGCAAAGAUUGCCGGACAGCAGCAAUGCUGAUAAAAUCCGAGAGUUUAUAAAGAACGUAUAUGUGGAUAGAAAAUACGCUGGAGGAAAAACGCAUGACAAGCCACCAAGAGACAUGCAGUCUCAGAGAAAUCAUGAAGAUGAAAUGAGACGUGCCAGUUCUUAUCAUUCUUAUUCUCAAAGUCCACCAUAUGACAAUCAAUACGAAGAUCGGCGUUAUGGAAAACAAAUUGCUGCUGCACUUUCUAGGAAACCUGGUUCAGAUCGAGGGCACUACGUGGGGAAAGUUUCUAGUUUCGUCUACAGUCCUGGUCGCUUAAGUGAUCAAACGUUUGAGGAUAGGUUUGCAAAUGAGGGAUCUGCUCCUAGGGUUUCAGACUUCUCUGUAUCUAGUGGAGGUGAUCCAUUUGCAUCUGGCACAGGUUCACCAAAUUUCCGGAAGGAUGUUGGAUUUGGAAGCCCAACUUUUCAAUCUCAAAGAGAUGUUUUAAGUGAAGAUACACAUCAUCAAAUGAUUAAUCUGUAUCCGUCUCAGGACCCGAGUUCCCGAAAAGAUGCUGGAGGGAUUCCACUGCCACAGUCAUCUUUUCCCGUGAAUUAUGGUGGCCUGGAUCUCUUUAAUACACCUGAGGCUUCUGCUUCUACAACAAUAGAUUUGUUUCAGUUACCUGCAACAUCAUCAGUAUCUUCCGAAGAUUUAUUAGAACCUGCAGCAGUAUCUGCAAAGCCACCAGGGAAUUCAUAUCAACCUCCUCCAUCUACUCCAUCUAUAGACUUAUUUGCUGCGAUUACUGAGCAGCAACCGGCUACAACUUUUGAUGGAAAAUCGCCCGAGUUUCCUGUACCUAAAAAUGUAGGAUGGGCAACAUUUGAUACUCCUCAGCCUGCAGCAUCUGCUCCAGUAACCAAAAGUCUUUUACCUCCUGCAGUGCCCAGUGAUGAUGAUUUGUCAGGGAAGUUUGACCAACCAUCACCCCUAAACACAACUGUGCAGUGGCCACUUUUUGAAAAUUCUAGUGUUUUUGGCAAUACUUCGACAAUUUCUAGUCAAUGGCAAGAGGGGCAUGACGGUCAAGCCUCCACUUUUGCAACUGGCACUCAGUCAUGGAAUGCUUUUAGUGAUUUUGCCGAAUCACUUCCUGUUGACCCACAAGUAGUGACAUACAAUCAUUUGGCGACCGCCGAUGAACGUUCGGGCUUGGCAGUUUCAGAGAACCAUGAUAAUGAUGGCAUCCAAACAGCUGUUUCCCAUGCUGGUUUUUCUGCUACUACUCUUCCAUCAGAGAACGGCACAGCACCAUUAUAUGCUCCAUCGAUAAAUCCACUUUUGGGAGAAAAACAGCCGCACGCUGCUGAUCAUAAAUCAACCAACCCAUUUGAUCUUCCUCAUGAUUCUGAAUUGGAACAAAAUGAUAUGUUCUUUGAUGCUCAGUUGUCUUCCCCCUUUCUUGGCGGUGUAUCACAACCGUGGUAUCCAGGGGAGCCUUAUAUUCCAGCAACACAGCAAGGUGGCUUUGUCUACAUGUCUGGCCAAUCACCAAGUUCGCAAUUGUCGAAUGUCCCCUCCCAAGGGCCUGUUGCUUCCAUCGGAGGAAACCCUUUCGCGUAGAAUCGACCGCCAACAAUGGCCUUUUAGUCUUUUUUUCAGUCUAGUAGUCAAUCUCUCAGUGCAUACAUUAGAACUAUCCCUGCUGUCUAGUCAUUCUAUUUUUUCUUCUUUGCGAAAACAAUACCAUUGUUGAGGCCGAAAAUUCCUUUCAGCAUUGCGUCUUUAAGGCCUCUUGUUAAGUGACUCGCCGGUCGGAAGCAGUGAUGCAGCGUGGAAAGGGUUACAGGGGAGAUAGGCUUAUGGUGCUUAGGGUGGUAAAGACAUGAAUGGUAGUGUAAUUUGUUUGCAGUUUACUAUUUGGAUUGUUUUGCUUGCAAAUUUGGACAGCAUAUUUUUGACAGAAACGUAAAAUGUGAAACUUUUGGGUAAAUUAUACAAAUGAUCAUUAAUAUUAUCA